GGCGGCCCUGGUUACUCUGGAGGAAGCACAGAGGCUAUGGGAGUGGUGGACAGAGUUAUGGAAACCAGGGCAGUGGCUAUGGCGGGAGUGGAAGCUAUGACAGCUGUAACAAAUUGUGGAGGUGGAGGUGGCUUUGGUGGUGGCAGUGGAAGCAACUUUGGAGGUGGUGGAAGCUACAAUGAUUUUGGCAAUUACAAUGAUCAAUCUUCAAAUUUUGGACCCAUGAAAGGAGGAAACUUUAGAGCAGAAGUUCUGACCCCUGUGGCGGUGGAGGCCAAUACUUUGCCAAACCAUGAAACCAAAGUGGCUAUGGUGGUUCCAGCAGUGGCAGUAGCUAUGGCAGCGGCAACAGCGGUGGCAGGUUUUAAUUACUGACAGAAAACAAAGCUUAGCAGGAGAGGAGAGCCAGAGAAGUAACAGGGAAGCUACAGGUUACAACAGAUUUGUGAAUUCAGCCAAGCACAGUGGUGGUAGGGCCUAGCUGCUACAAAGAAGACAUGUUUUAGACAAUACUCAUGUGUAUGGG